UACUAUUUUGUUUGAAAAAUAGCAUCACUUUUAUGAAUUGGGCCAUGGGGCUUAUCCUUGUAUCAGAUGAUGUAGUAGAUCAUACGGUCCCCGCCCGUACUAUAUCCACGAAAACAAUCUGCCAUUUUCCCCAAAAUAGCAGUGAUGCGUCACUGGUACGGUAGUACCACCAACAACACGCUUUUGAUUGAUCUUCGGUGGACCCUAUUGUACUUACAAUAAGGUUGACGAAUCGUCAAUUCACAUUGUAGCCGCUAAAUAGUAUAAGUACAUCCAUGAUACAUCAAUCGGUAAUGUUAGCGUGGCUCGAGGAAACCUACUUUAAUAAUUAUUGAGUGUUAGUUCAGUUAACCGAUUACAGAUGAGUAAUUAAUGUAUUGUUUCCCGUGGUGUUUGGGGAGAGAUAGCGUCGCCGCGAGUGGUGGGAGCGGCGCCGGUGGCGGUGGCGCGUAGUCCGCGUUUGUUUAUCGCUGCGCUGCCACACUUUUAUAAUUGUUCUGUGAUAUUGAAAUAGUUUAAUAGUAAAUACGUACUGCGAAAGUGUUUUGUUGUGUAGAGUUGCAGGUGGAGGAGCGCGAAGGGUGUGGCGGUGACGCCACCGGCGCGCCCCGUGGCGAGGCGCGCCGCCCUUACACUUGAUGAGCUAUAUGACCUCUGCAGGCAAACCUUCACCGUCAUCAGCCUACGCGUGCUGCAGCAUGCGGUGGUGGCGCGCACGGCUCGUGCCCUUCGGGGCGCUGCUUGCGCUUGCCUCUCUACUGCUGCUGCUGCCACUGCAGGACCCGUCCCCGCCGGCCCUGCCCCGCACCACGCUCGUGCCAGUUAUGGCGCCGCUUCACGUCCAAGCGCACGAACCGUCGAGUCCCGUGAACGAAGCGCGACCGACCCUGCCCCCCGAGUGGACAAGCGACAAGGACGACGAAGUGCUUCCGGCGGGCGCGGUGCGCACGCGCGACCGCUACGUGCCGGGCCACACGCGCUCGCACGCCGAGCUGUGCCCGGCGCGCGGCGCGGGCACGCGGCUCGUCGUCCUCGUGCCGUCCGCGCCAGUGUACUUCCGACAGCGCGAGGCCGUGCGUCUCACGUGGGGUCACGCGGCGCGUCGCACCGACAUCACGCUAGCUUUCAUGCUGGGCGCGCCGCCGGCCGCCCUGCGCGCCGCCGUCGACGCCGAGGACACUCUCUACGGCGACAUCGUCGAGGGCCACUACGUGGACAACUACAAGAAUCUCACACUCAAAACCCUGUCGAUGUUGGAGUGGUUCGUCACGUAUUGCCCGCUAGCGGCGCGGCUGCUGAAAGCCGACGACGACAUGUUCAUCAACGUGGACGGAGUGCUGCGGUUCGCGGAGGCGCCGGCGCGCAGUCGCGCCACGCGCACCGUGUGGGGCAAAGUGUGGCGCAAUGGGCGGCCGGCGCGCAACGCCAGCUCCAAGUUCUUCGUGCCCGCGGAGGAGUUCCCGGGGGCGACGUACCCUCCGUACGCCAACGGGCCGGCGUACCUGGUGUCGGGCGACGCGGCGGGCCCGCUACUGCGCGCAGCGCUGGGCGCGCGCUGGCUGCGUAUGGAGGACGUGCUAGUGACGGGCGUUGCGGCGGCGCGCGCGCGGGUGCUGCGCGCCGACGCGCCGGCGUUUCUGCGGCGGCGCUCAGCCCUGGCGCACGCGUGCGAGCUACGCGCGGCGCUGGCCGUUCACCAGGUGUCCUACGCCGACCAGUUCGACCUCUGGCGCAAGCUGCACGACCCCCAUGUCAAGUGCCCUCCUUAGCUAUUGAUUUUAAAAUAUUGUUUUGCAAUAUAAGGCUCGUGCAUACUGGGAAUUUUAAAAUCUGGCUUCUCUGGUCUGGCCUUGGUAUUUAAACUAUUUAAAGGGUGAAAAAUCCAAUGGACGUGAGAAUUCAGUAAAGAUAAAUGUAGUAGUAGUAAAACACUUUAUUCUACAAAAAGAAACAUAAAACAGGAAAGAACACACAUCAUUUGUACAAAGGCGAACUUAUCCCUUACAGGGAUCACUUCCAGUUAACCUUUGAGCAAUUGAGGAAGACUUGGAGAACGGUAAACAUCAAAAUUGUACUAAACGGAAAAAAACGGAAUUAUUUAAUUUACUAAAAGAUAGGUAAACCUAUAAGUCAUAUAACCUACAAUAUAUAAAUGGGAUAUGAAAUAAAACAAAUAUGUAAAUAGUCAUAUACAGUUAUAAUAUAUAAUACAUAUAUAUACAAAACUACCUAACCGCACACAUCUUUUUGAUUAAGUUCGGUCCUAAGCCACAACUUUUUUAAAUUCGCCUUUAGCGAUGCGACCGAUUGUCACUGUCGAAGAGAAGUCGGUAAGGAAUUCCAUAAUUGAACAGAGUACACAGUAAAAGACUUGUCAUAGGCUCGGUGUUUGUGAGGCGGGGUAGCCAGAGAGGGAUUUGCGCUGGAACGGAGCCGGUGCCCGCUGCCUUCUGCUAAAAAUUUUAAUCUCUCCGAGAGAUAAGGGGGAGAAGAAGGAGAGAAUAGGACGUAAUGAAAUGUACUCAAAUCUUUAAAUUUUAAAAAUACGGAUCUGCUUAUAAUGUCUGUAAAACAACUAAACAGAGCUCCGCAAGUUCUUGUAAUUAAAGGCUUCCUAGUUAAGGUAUGGCUGUGUAAUGUGUAUAUAGUUAAAAGAUAGUCAAGUUACUCGUACUACAGACGGACUAUAUGUAGUUAAAUCGAUUAGAAUUGAGUAAAAUUAAAUACUUAGGUUAAAUACAUUAUACUCAAACACGGUUACAUAAUAUCACCGCAAGUGCCAUAGCUACAAACUACAAUAAUGUAAAGUAAGAACGUAAGAACUUAUGUAAAAUGUAUAAUUCUGCUCCGUAAUACUUUUAACUGCUUCCUUUUUCAUACUUAUAGCUGGCAUUUAUUAUAUAUAUAAGAUGUAUUUUAAUAUAUGUAUUUAUAUAUCUUUUUUAUUUUUAUUUAUAUUUGUAUAUGAUAUAUUGUUUUGUUUUGUGUUUAUUCUGUGCUAGACUUCUUUUAUUGCAUCUGGAACACCUACUGACAUAACUUUUUUUUUUUAUUCCGCUAUCUAAAGGUUGUCUGGAAGAGAUCGCUUUUUAGCGAUAAGACCGCCUGUUGUUUACCUCUUCUUUAUGUGUUGUAUUAUUUGUACUCUUUCUGUAUUGAGGUGUCCAAUAAAGAGUAUUUGUAUUGUAUGGUAUUGUAUUGUAAUUAUGUACAAUUAAAUUUAAUGAAAAGAUGUUUAAAUUAAUUUAUGUUCAGUAUAGUUUAUAUUAUAUAUAUAUAAUCCGAUUAACUUACAUAGACAUAUAUUGACUUCCAUAGAAAUGUAUAUGUAUUAUUGUUUUGCUCAUUGUUAUCUGUAAAUAAUUAGUUUUAGGUAAUAAUUAUGACGAUGUACAAUCAAUACAAAUAAAAUCUAUUCUA